UUAAGUUCCACUUCAUUCGUGUGGUCACCGUCGCGUUCGCAGCGCCGUUGUUUCUGUUUCGGUUUCGCUUGUCAUUAUCCGUCGCUCUCCACCGAUAUCGUCGCCGUACAGAGCUAUAUUGUAGUUGUAUCGUUAUCGGGUUUUGUUUUUUUUUUCUUUCCUUUCCCCUUUUCCAAUUUUUAAUUCGCCUCGCCCACCACUUAUUAUCGCACAAGCACAAGGGACGACGACGGAGGUUACGUCAAAACAAUACAAAAUAACACAAAAACAAGCAAAUUAUAGUGUAAAAGUUGGAGAGAUUGUAAUAAAAGCACCAACGCGCAGUUCGCUGCCGUAAUCCUAGUCCCGAUCCCGAGUUACAACAUCCGCGAUAAAGAAAGUCACACACUGGUUAAUCUGAUCUGAUCAGCGAGCAGCUCAGAAUGAAAUCAAGGGCAUGAAAUUUAACAAGAUGGACUUUUUGGAAUAAAAGCAACAAAGCUGUGCCUGAAUUGUGAUUGUUCCAUCAAACAAACACACCAACUAAAGCAAGCCUCACCGACAGACCAAAUUUAUUCAUACUUUUAUAUGCACACAACCUGCCGCGUUCAGGGCUCUCAAUGUUUACUCACGUAAGUCGCGGUGAGAAUUGCCAACGCGAAGACCGAGGGAAUAUGUGUCACAGUUUCGUUGCAACUGGGCCAAUAAUUCACCGAUAGCACACCAACGAAAUCCACCAAGAACGAGAGUUAGGACAGUCGGAACCACCCACCACCAACAGCCACCGACCAAAGUACCCUUACCCGCCGCACCAUGGGCCAGACCUCCAGUCACCGGCAGAUGCACUCAAGCAGCAGUGGCGGCCACAAUAACAACAAUAAGGAGGAGCCGCAACUGGCAGCCACACAAUUCGGCAAUCGGCGAACAUCAACUCGCAAGUCGACAACGUCGUCGUCGUCGAAGCAUUACCCCACGCUGGUGCAGCCAUUGCGUAAGGACGAGCUCUCCCUAUUGCGAGACUCUCUCCUGCGCAAUGGCAGCAUAAUGCGCAAGAAUCCGGAGCGGCGGCCGGUUACGAUCAGCGAGCUGAAGCCGGCGGCUGCUCCUGGUCAGGGGGCCAGUGGAAGCGCCUUACCCACAACCACCGAGGAGGCGGCGGGAAGUAGCACCACUAGUACCACCCAGCUGAUGGCCUUCCAGCUUCGGGUAGAUCGCAGUGCCAAGACUGACGACCUGGCCGCCGAUUCCUCCUCUGUGGGGGCUCCGGCCAAGGAGGGACGUAACGAAUUCUACAUUGUGGGUGAUGGUUAUCAUCGCACGGAUCACUGCUAUUACCGCAGUCCGAACGGAGAUUUCCACAAGCUUCCAUCCGAUUCAUUUCACAAAAUGUCGGAGGGAUGUUUCGUCCGCAUGGCGGAUGGAGUGUUCCGUAGGCUGGAGGUGCCCACUAAGGCUCAGAUAUCGCGAAGGUCUUCCAGAGCAGAGGAAAUCGGCGAUGCUGCUAGUCACGCGAACGGGAGUGCAGCCACCAAUGUGAAGAGCCAGCUGAUGAGAUUUUUGAAGCGCUCUAAGAGUCACACGCCUGCCACUAUUGCCAAGCUGCAGAAGGAGAAGGAAGAGGCACGGGCGGAACGGAAACAGCGACUUUCAAACGCCAUGCGUCAGAAAAACCUUGCGGCCACGAAUGCAGCAUCUGCGGCAGGAAAUUCAUCCUACGGCACAGCUACAGGUGGCGGUGGUGGUACUGUCAGCAGUCGGAACAACAAGAUCGUGGUGACGAUGAUCGAAAAUGGCGGCCUGCCUAUUGUGGCCACCAGCAAAGCUGAGAGGCCCAAAGCCAAGGAGACCACAUCAUCCAGUGAAAAGGCGCGAACCUCAAGGGGUUCGCCCAACAUGCAGAUGCGGAGUAGUGCUCCUAUGCGAUGGCGUGCUACGGAGGAACACAUUGGCAAAUACAAACUCAUCAAGACGAUUGGCAAGGGCAACUUUGCCAAGGUGAAACUGGCUAAGCACCUGCCCACCGGCAAGGAGGUGGCCAUCAAGAUAAUUGACAAGACCCAACUCAAUCCUGGGUCACUUCAGAAACUCUUCAGGGAGGUUAGGAUAAUGAAGAUGCUGGAUCACCCCAACAUAGUUAAAUUGUUCCAAGUAAUAGAAACGGAGAAGACGCUUUAUCUGAUCAUGGAGUAUGCGUCUGGUGGCGAAGUUUUCGACUAUCUGGUUCUACACGGACGCAUGAAGGAGAAGGAGGCACGCGUUAAGUUUCGACAAAUUGUCUCAGCUGUGCAAUACUGUCAUCAAAAGAGAAUAAUACACAGGGACUUAAAAGCUGAAAACCUUUUGCUGGACAGCGAACUAAACAUUAAAAUCGCAGACUUUGGCUUUUCAAACGAAUUCACGCCCGGCUCCAAGCUGGACACGUUCUGUGGCAGUCCACCGUACGCGGCCCCAGAAUUGUUUCAGGGAAAGAAGUACGAUGGUCCCGAGGUUGAUGUUUGGUCGCUGGGUGUCAUCCUGUAUACGUUAGUGAGCGGUUCCCUCCCCUUUGACGGCUCCACAUUGAGGGAGCUGCGCGAGCGUGUGCUCAGAGGCAAAUAUAGAAUUCCCUUCUAUAUGUCAACUGACUGCGAAAACUUGCUCCGAAAAUUCUUAGUACUGAAUCCCGCAAAGCGUGCUAGUCUGGAAACAAUCAUGGGCGACAAGUGGAUGAACAUGGGGUUUGAGGAGGACGAACUCAAGCCCUACAUUGAGCCCAAGGCCGAUUUAGCCGAUCCCAAGCGGAUAGGUAAGACGGAAGCUCUAGUCGCGAUGGGCUACAAUCGGCAGGAUAUCGAGGCUUCGCUCUCGCAGGUGCGCUACGACGACGUGUUCGCCACGUAUUUGCUGCUGGGACGUAAGAGCACGGACCCGGAAAGUGAUGGAUCGCGGUCUGGCUCGUCGCUAUCACUGCGCAACAUCUCGGGCAACGAUGCAGGCGCCAACGCUGGCAGUGCGAGUGUGCAGAGUCCCACGCAUCGGGGUGUCCACCGGAGCAUAUCGGCGUCCAGCACGAAGCCUAGUCGCCGAGCCUCGUCCGGUGCGGAAACAUUGCGCGUUGGACCUACAAACGCUACAGCAACUGUGGCUGCGGCGGCGGCAGCUGGCGGAGGCGUCGGUUCUGUAAAUCCAAGCAAUAAUUACAAUGCUGCAGGAUCAGCAGCGGAUCGAGCGUCAGUUGGCAGCAACUUUAAGCGUCAGAAUACAAUCGAUUCGGCUACGAUUAAAGAGAACACAGCGCGACUUGCCGCACAAAAUCAGAGACCCGCUUCGGCCACCCAAAAGAUGCUCACCACGGCAGACACAACAUUGAACAGUCCCGCCAAGCCGCGAACGGCAACGAAGUACGACCCGACGAACGGCAAUCGCACAGUUAGCGGCACCAGUGGCAUCAUUCCACGCCGCUCCACCACGCUGUAUGAAAAGACUUCGUCGACGGAGAAAACCAAUGUUAUUCCUGCAGAGACAAACAGUGGAUCGGCAGCUCCCGCUGGGAAGGGUCAUACCAAAAGCGCGUCUGUAUCGAGUCCUCGCCCCUCUGCGGACGGAUGCGUCUCGGUCUCGAAUGACCCGCUCGGAACGAGACACUUUCCAAGGAAUGUUCCAUCACGUUCAACCUUUCACUCUGGUCAAACCAGAGGACGAAACAACACAGCGUUGGAAUACUCGGGCACAAGCGGUGCCUCCGGCGACUCCUCCCAUCCGGGUCGCAUGAGCUUCUUCUCCAAACUCUCCUCACGUUUUAGCAAACGUCAGACAACCACGGAAGAGCCGGCGAAACCUCGAGUACUGCGCUUUACAUGGUCCAUGAAGACCACUUCGCCACUGAUGCCCGAUCAGAUAAUGCAAAAGAUCCGGGAAGUGCUGGACCAAAAUAACUGCGACUAUGAACAGCGAGAGCGCUUUGUCCUCUGGUGCGUGCAUGGUGAUCCCAAUACCGACUCCCUGGUGCAGUGGGAAAUAGAGGUGUGCAAGCUGCCACGCCUGUCCCUGAAUGGAGUUCGAUUCAAGCGAAUUUCCGGUACCAGCAUUGGCUUCAAGAACAUUGCGUCUCGCAUUGCUUUUGACCUCCGGCUGUGACUUAACCAAACGAACAACGAGGGGAAUGCUGCUGCCGCCGUCGCCGAGCCGCCCGACAACAUCUCCACCGCCAACUGUCGGAGAGCCAGCAAUGACAGCACCUCCCGGCUGUCAGAGCUCUCGCUGCUGUGCCGCUCGUUAACCAGCCAACAGGGGGGCUCCCAGCGGCGCAAGAAAAGCCGACUGUCCACGGGCGGCAGCGAAGAUCAAAAGAAAUCCAACUCGUUGCUGUCGGCAUUUCAAAUGUAUUCACCGUUUAGUUCCAAGGAGAACUUGCAGUCCAGUGAAGAGGUGCAAGACCUUCAGGUGAUUGACACCCAGCCUGGUCACUCGAUUGAUGUACCCCUGUACCAAGCUGACUUUAAUCCAAUUAAUCCGAUUCUGGAAGAGGAGGCUGCCGAGAUUGGACCGGAUAAUAAGAGGAGUGACAAAGGCGGUGGAGAUGGAGAUGGUGCUGGGGCCAGUGGACACAAAAGCAAAGGCGAUGGCGGCGGCAAUCGUUUGAAGCGAAACAUCAAGCACACCGGGAGUUUAAUUGUGCGUAAAUUGACGUCGGCCAGGCAAGGUGGUGACUCGGACAAAAAGGGGGGUGCGACUGGGAAGAAGGAAAAGGAUCAGCAGGAAACGGCAGGAACUGAUAAGGAGAAGCCAGGCAACAGCAGCAACAGCAAACCGGAGGGAAAGAUAGCCAUGCUACGCACCACAACCCUCUAAUGCAAUGGAACAUGGUCGCGUAACAUGGAAAUCAAAUUGAAUUGUGGGGCUGUUUGUAUGGAUCCCUGCUGGAAUCUCAAGAAAAAAUGAAUGUUAGCAUCUCUCUCUCUCUGUAGAUGGAACGUAUUGAAUAUAUAUAACUACACAUAACAAUCAAGCGCAGACAAACUCCUCCUCUAUCUAUCCACACUGACAUGCAUUAGCACCCCCACAUAGAAACGCACACAUUUACAUACGUUAAUUAAUAGGGAACUAGUUAAUGGGCCAGGCACAGGAGCAUUGGUCAAUAGCGAGAGCAGGAGCACAGCUGAAUAACGAAAGGGUAACAGACAGAACAACACAACACUCAAUAAAACAAUAACAAUAAAUACUAUAUAUUAACAAGAAACCAAUCAACGCUCUAUAAACUGCAUUUAUGUGCCGAUAUAUCCAGUAAACAAUUUUGCUUGGCAAACAAACAAAACGAUCAAAGAACACAAUAUAUAUAACAUAGAUAUCCAAACUCGGGUUGAUUCAUUUUAAAGCAUAUUUUUCAAGAAAGAAAGAAAGAAGGCACGAGGUAUGUUUAAUAUAAAAUAUAUUCAUGAUAGCCAAAGUUCUUCUAUUGGGAUGUGUUGUUGAAUCCCAAGACACCAACUCCAACAUCAACACCAACACCAUAAAUUGUAAUUAUUAGGCUCGUGCUCGAAUACGUAUAUAGUUGGUACUUACAUACCAAUAGAUUUUGGUUAAAUUCCCUCGAUUUGAACCGUUCAUAGAACACCAAACACACACACAACACAGAGACACAGGCAAAUGUAUGUAUAUUACUCUGUUAGGGCUACAAGUUUACAACAUAUAAAGAAAUUAAUUUCGAAACAUGCAAGCUCAGAUGCAAUUGUGGCCAAUUGUUACCUAGUUUCCACUAAGUUCAACUUAGACCCGAGAAAAAGACGAGCCGUUUUUUGUGAAGAAGAUUUUUACGAUGCAAAUGCAGAUGCAGUUUGAUGUUACGAGAGUAAAGUAAAUGGGUAAAUGUUGAACCAGGAUCAACGAUCUCAAGUGAGAUGUAGAAAAAAAGACGACCAUUUAUCCAAGUUGUGGAGGCUCAAAGAAAAAUAAAAAAAAACAGUCUAUAUAGAUACCAAACAUAUAUACAUAUAGUUGCACAUCACGUUGUCUUCAUCAUGAUUGUAACGCAUUUCUGUAAUUCUUAUGUAACCCUCGAGAAAAGCAUGCAUCGUUUUAUAUAUACAUAUUUGUUGUUGUUAAAUGACAGCUAAUUGAAACUUAUUAAUAAUUACUAGACUAGGCAGGCAGGCAGAACAGAACACGCAUAAACCACACAUAAGUAUAUAAUACAUGCAUAAAUAAAUAUAUAAAGCAAGCUUAUUGAAAUACAUAUAUGUACGCCGAAAGAUAUCCUCAAGUAGAGCGCUGAACCACCCACUUCCCUUGCACAAGUAUCUCUGUGCUGAAAUGUCUUUAAUGUUUAUUUUUUUUUUGUUGUUUUUCGGCCCAGUUUCCAUACAGCACAAUAUACGAUAGUUGUAUUCCCAUUUCUGGUAUUUAUUUCCCCUUUUCCAACUGUUAUGUUGAUGUAAAACAAAAGCGAAUGAUUGAUUGAUUGAUUGAUAACACCACUAAAUCAGAAAUAAAUGGAUAAAAGCCGAUUAUAGAAUUUACGAAUAAUCAUGUUGUAAGAAUAUCUGAUAUACAUACAUACAUAGAUGUUUUAAUUAAUAAAUACAAAAUGGCAUAACUAUAA